CCCUUCGCUUCUUUUAUCGAUAUAGCUGGGUGGGAAUCGAUGGACUAUGAAGAAAUUGAGAAAGUAAUUCUAUUCUCUACGAUAUUAAAAGAAUGAGAUAGUAUUCGAACCCUUGCUCACAUUCUUUCUCAGAUUUAUUAACACUAUAAUGUAACUUCGCUAUCAUUCUUAUAUCCGUAACGUUUGAAACAAAUCUGAAAAAAUAUAUAGAAGUUACAAUAUAUUUAGUAUAAGCGUAUAUUUCGCAGAUAUCAAGAAAAUAAUUAAGCAGUUAAUUAUUCAUUGUAAUAGUAAUAGGUUUCGAUAUUCAGUUCACCGAAUUUCUUCAUUUUAUCACUUCCAGUUUUAAUGGUUAUUCGUACGGUAAAUCAAUUUUUUAUUAAAUAUUAUACGUUUGUAAUAAAUGUUUUGUAACUUUUAUAUACAUUUUCAGAUUGCCACAAAAUUUUACUAAUAUAAUUACGAAAUUCUUUUCUCGUUAAGGUGGCGAUGAAAUUUCAAAAUAUUUUACAUAACACGUACGAUAUGGAUAUAGGGGUUUUCUAUGGUGAAUUGUUCAAAUACUUUCGCGAUGUAAGUUUCGCUUUUUUACUUUCAUAUAGAGUUCUUCAUCGUUGUGGCCAGGCGAUGCUGAAAUUUCUCUGUUGUAAGUGGAAGAGAUUCUUGAGGAUGUUCUAGCAUCGUAUGACUUCGAGAUUCCAUCGUAGUCCACGAGAUUCUUUCGUCACGUUAUUCGUCGAAAGAAUAAGAGAAAUAUUCGAUCUGCUAGCGAUCGUUCGGUCCUUUGUUCGCCUCUCGCUGGCGAUUAUUAAAAUUUAUUGGUUUAUCGAGCAUGAUGACCCUCGCUUGGCAGAACGUAAGGUCGAAGGAUUAAGAAAGGUCGUUAACAGGGUCACCUUUAUCCUCCAUUGCGUGCUGGAAAUACUUGAAUAAUUCUACGCAAUACGUUACAUAAGGUGUCGUAACCCAUUUGAUGUUUCUGCAUGCAGUUUCAUCUUCCUUUCCUCUUAGAAAACGAUAGAAACAAGGACAUUAUAAAACAACACUUUGUGGAAGAAAAUUUUCUGAGCGAUGCUCCUCUGGAAUUCUGAAGUCUUCCUGGAAUUGCUGAAUCAUAGCAAAUCUUUCGUCUUGAAGUAUUCAUAUUUUAUCGAAUUUUUAGAAAAAAUGUCUCAUUUCAAAGUAAAUCGUAAACGACAGGAGAGGAACACAUUUUUGUUAAUUUGUUGAUUUUUAAUAUCCUUAUGGUUCGUUUUAAUAUAAAACAGCUGAAAGUGGAAAGAAUCUGUCAGAUCCAGCCAAAGGCAAAAUCGUUACAACAAACGCUGUUUUAAUGUUUAUAUUUAUAAAUAAUAUUUUAAUACUCGGAUAAACAAUAUUGUCUAAACUAUGAGAUGCACGGAAAGCUACAUUACGUUCAGCCUGAAAAUCAAAUAAAAAGAGAAUACUCGUAACACAGGUUUUAUCGACAACAUUAUAUUCUACUAAAUUUUUAAACCGUUGCAUUGUAAAAAACGAAAAAUGUGAUUUAUCGUAUAUUCUUCGUCUACGCACUCCAAUUAUUUUGUAUAUUUCUAGAAAGAAAUGUUUCUCGUAUAUACAGGGGAUUCCCGGUGGAACGAUUCUGUUCUAUUUGCUUUUCAUUCCGCUUAUUAAGCGCGGUCACAAAUUUUGCUCUUGAUCCUCUUAUCGGAUCCAAUUCGGUCCGGCGUCUUAUCGGCCUACAAAAAUUCCCGUCGCGGUGCAAGGACUUCGUCCCAAGGAAUGAUUUCCUUAAUCCGCGGCUAGGAAAGAGAAAGAAAAAUAGAAGGAAAAGGGAAGAGGUCUCGGUAGUCCAUUGUCGUCGGCGAUUUUAAAUCGUAGCGAGUCAAUUAAUCCGCGCGGUCCUCCUUCCUGAAUGUUGAAUAACGGCUGCCGACGUGUAUUAAUUGGAACUCGAUGAGAGGAUUAAGGACUAAGUGGCUGGCUGACCUUUUCCUCGAGAUGUCUACCUUUUUCACCGUUUCACAUUGCUGGGUUCUGCUUUCUCUCUCUCUCUCUCUCUCUCUUUCUCUCUGUAUCUUUCGUUUCGACGAACAAGCUAUCAUUAACUUUUUCUUACCUGGUCGAUGAAAAUAAGAAGAGAAGAGGAAACGUAAAAAUUAAUUGCCGAUGGAAUGUUAGAUCGUCGACUGGGACGUUUCGUUAUGAACAAAGAUGGAGCAGUUUGGCGUGGAAAGUAUAAGAUUUUGAAAUCUGGGACAAAGUACGGCCAUUUCUCGAGGAAGAUCUCGAGUCAGUAGUAACGAGAUACUUCAUUCCAGUUCCUAUCUACUUUGCUUCUGCGAAAGAAUCACGAUAUUUCUGGAUUCAAUUGCAGCUUCAAUCCGUACAAAAGCCACCCCUAUACUUUAACAGAUUUCGCUCGAGGAUCUCGAACCCCUUUCCAAAGACGCAAACGAUUUCGAAGUUUUGCUGGAAAAUAAUUUGCCAGCUGCUCGCUGAGCAAACAUCGACAUGCUAUCUCAAAGUCGACGAAGAUGUCCCAAAACGUUGCCCGGUCGUAAGUUCAUAGAGUUGAACUCUUCGUUUCACGAUAAACUAGCUGCGGCCGGAAGUUCUGGCUCUGCAGAGAGGAACCUGCCUUCCUGAAAGCGCACGGAAUACUGAUAGGAGCUCGUGUAAACCUGUAACACUCCCUAUCACACCUUCCUCUUUCGUCAUUCACCCCAAACACUACGAUUAUUCUAGAGAACCACUGUUGGCUGUUCGAAACCAUCAAAGAAGCAAAUUUUUCACAAUAAUCAAAAAUAUUCUAAUAGAAUAUUCACAGAUUAUUUCUAAUAAACAUCGCGAUGGCUCGUUGAAUUUUCGGUUGGACGAAUAGCAAGAAAUUUAUGGAGCUACCAAAAAAGAAAAAAAAAAUAAUAAAAUUGUACGAGGAGGAUACAGGUACAUAAAGAGGAAUAUUGUCGUAAGUGAAGGAAAUAAAAAUAGAAUAUAGAAGGGUCGCGUUAUGGUGAUAAAUACAUCGUACUUUGAUUCACGGAAAUGUCAUUCAUAAACCUGGUAUAUCGAUUAGACAUUCGAGUUAACCCUGCUGUGACAUUUGAGUCGUUUUCCAUCGGAUCGUAUUUUUCUACCCUUCGAAAGUUUCUUAAACUUGAGGAAAACACGGGGAAGAAUGUAUUUAUAAAGUUACAUUUAUAAAGUAACAAUCGUGUGCUACAGAUUUUAUUAAAACAUUGAAAGAUUUUUCCUCGUUUAAAGUUGAAACUGAAGUAAAGCCGAGGCAUAAAAUACUAUUACGGAAGCCAGAAGCAUAAUUAUUUAUGCUAUACGCUACAUUCUUAUUAAAUGUACAAUAAUUUGUAAUAAAUAUCUUGUAAUUUCUAUAAAUACGUAUUUUCGGAUUUGCCUGAAACUUCUCCAACACAAUCAUGAUAAUCAAGUCUCACGAUGGUGCUAAUGAAAUUUCAAGAUUUAUCGUACACAUAAUAUAUUCAUAGGAAGUGUCUACAAGUGUUCGAAUAAUUUCGUGGCCUGUGUAAAUCCUUCGAGGACCGUGGCAGGGGUUAAAGAGGGGUUGUAGUUACAUAAAGACGACGAAGAAGUAUACUUGAGCAACCGAGGUAUUUAAGCAGCCAGGGUUAAACAGGGGUCGUAGUUACAUAAAAACACACUCAAGUGUACUUGAGAAACCAGGGUAUCUAAGCAACUAAGGAUUAAACAGGGACUGGUAGUUAUAUAAAAACACAUCGAAGUGUACUUCAACAGCCAAGGUGUUUAGUCUCUAGAAUAGUCGAUGAUGAACCUUUUCCCCGUAUUGCGAAACGUCGAACGAAAAACGGGGCCGGCCAGGUGGCUGCUACUUUCAGCUGCUGCUAAAACGUGACCCGACACUAGAUUAUCGGCCGUCGUGAUUGGGUAUUCGUUCGAAAUAAAUGGCCGCUAAUGGUAUUUCUGGUAGGUGUCUCGGCCGAUAAUGCGCGUAUCCGGUGCAGCUAGCAUUAAAGCGACGAAAACAGCGCGUUGCUAGCCACUUCGUUGCCUCUGUCUCGCUAAUGAUUCAACGUUUUAAUCGUUCUCGUCAAACUGUCCACGUCUGCGAGCGGAUCAUCGCCGUUUGGAUCACGUACCACCGGGAUAAGGCAUUCUAGACGAGCAACGUCGCGCAUGCAGACGAUGCAACAACGAUGGUGUGCGUCGUCGUCCGCUGAGAUUGGCCUUGCCUAGAGAUUUCAGAUGUUGGAACGCUGCGAAGUUAGAUCUCUCAGAAAAGUUUGCGGAUCUGGAUCUGAUUAUCUCGUAUUAAAAUAACAGCCACCGAGUAACGCCAAAGACCAAGCUCACCUCCGACUCGAAGGAAAAGACUUUAAGUCGUUGGGCAAGAUUGUGACCGUUGUCCGCGAAAAAUGGAUAACGGUGAAAAUUCUGCGCGACGAAUGAGGAUAUUAGCCGACGACAUUCGUAUUACAAUUUCAACAAACAGACACUAACUUGGCGAACUCGAAGAAGUCGACUAGCCAAGAUCGCCUUGAAUAGAAGAUUCAUAUCUCGCGGAUCUCCUCGUACCGGUGGACCAUGGUACGCUAUUUAAGGAGAUGAUAGCCGACAUACAUUGAAGAGCCUGCUGGAACUGAGAGGAUUAUAUCUCGUACGUCAUGGAGGAACACGUAAACCAGACUGCGAACUCGUCCACCGACGGGUUGGCGUUCACCGAUGCCUCGAUCAUCCUCACGACUAUGGUCCUUGGUCUCCUGAUAUCCGUCACCAUUAUUGGGAACCUGUUCGUGAUAGCAGCGAUCCUGCUCGAGCGAAAUCUACAGUCAGUGGCGAAUUAUUUGAUCGUCAGUUUGGCUGUCGCUGAUCUUAUGGUCGCUUGCCUGGUCAUGCCCCUUGGAGCAGUUUACGAGAUAAACGCGGGAUGGUCGUUGGGACCUGGGCUUUGCGACAUGUGGACCAGCAGCGACGUCCUCUGCUGCACUGCCUCGAUAUUGCAUCUGGUGGCUAUCGCGGUCGACAGAUAUUGGGCAGUCACCGAUCUCAAUUAUAUACAGGCAAGGAAUCCACGACGGAUCGGUAUGUUGAUCGUCGCCGUCUGGUUGGUGUCCUUAGGAAUCUCGUUGGCGCCUCAACUUGGCUGGAAGGAUCCUGAUUAUUUGGACCGUAUAGCGGAUGGGACGUGUCUCGUGUCGCAGGACCCUGCAUACCAGAUUUUUGCCACGUGCACCACUUUCUACCUGCCGCUGCUCGUUAUUCUAUUCCUGUACUGGAGGAUAUUUCAGGCGGCACGAAAGCGAAUCAGAAAGAGACCAGGAACUAUCGUGCAACCACCUCGUGAAAGAAGAGGCAUCCUUAGACUCGUCACAAGAAGACCGAGGGAGGAGUCAACAGCGUUCACCAUAACAAGAUCCACGCCGGACCAUUCGUCGAUCUCGCCGGAGAAGUCGUCGUCGUACAACGGCGCGAACGCGACGCAGUCGACCACCGUCACACCGUCAACAGUGUCAACGACAACGACUACCACGACGACUACCGUCACGAAUCCUUCUAGCAGCCAUUCGACCUCCUCGAGCAAGAAAACACGCGAGACGAUCGAGUCGAAACGCGAGAGGAAAGCUGCGAAAACGCUUGCGAUAAUCACCGGGGCGUUCGUCGCGUGUUGGUUGCCUUUCUUCUUGGUCGCGUUGCUUCGUGCCACGUGCGAGGCCUGCGAGCCACCGGAGCUAAUAGCGAGCGUCUUCCUGUGGCUGGGCUACUUCAACAGCACCCUGAACCCUGUGAUAUACACGGUAUUUUCACCAGAGUUCAGGCAAGCCUUCAAGAGGAUACUUUGCGGUGGUUCCAGGAUAAUUCGCUGACAGUGGAUUUAAAUUCGAUGAAAAAUGGAACGCGACAAGAGAAUGAGCAGUGAGUGAAAUUGAACAGAUGCAUGGAUGAAUGACGAACGAUCAUCUUGUACAUAAAACAGUUAUUAUUAAUUCCUUCCUCUCCUUUGGAAUAGUUCAAAUGCUACGUUCAAAUGCCGUAUCGUACUUAGGCAAACCUUAGAGAUACCGUAGAAAUUUGUCCCCUGAAAGAUUUCGUUCGAACGACGAGUUUAUCGGCCAUUUGGAUGCUGAUCGAGGCUAACACUUUCGCUGCUAUUGACGUAUAUUGUGUGCCGAUUUAAUUAUCUAAGGAUUAGCGAUCUCGUCGACGCACACGGUACGUUGCUCUGAUUAUUUCACAGUAGGAGGCUCUACUGGCGCAAUUGUUGAGCUUUCGCGUGUUAUAGAAUGACCUAAAAAGACUAGAAGAAAGCGUGGAAUAAAGAAAUAAUUGUUACUCAAGAUAAAGACGCUUUCGAUGAAGAAAAAUUUGCAAAUCCAGAAAUGGACAAGUAAUAUUUAAAUACAUAGCAGCGAAUGUGUUCAAAAUUUACACGUAGUCGACGUUGCCCGGAAGAGUUUCCCGUGCAACGACGCGAUUUUUAGAAAUUAAAAGACAUUUUGCGUGGCCGAUUCGACGGCUGUUUCCAUCGAAACGACUGUUUCUAAUAUAACGCUGCAUCUUACGCGAAGAAUCCCGUCUUUGAAAUAGCUCUGUAUUCCUCGGAUAUAUCUAACAAUAAAAUAAAGAUACUUUAUCUACUAACAUUUAAUUAACGACUGGAAGGACCGCCAAAAUACUUUCGAACAGAAUGGGGCGGAUCAAAAGCGGAGAUACGAGAGAGCGAUUGAAAUCUCGGAUUGGUGGAUUACCAGUGACCCAGUUGACGCCUUUACGAUAGUUCCGGUCGAUUAUUUCAAGAUUUCAAUGAAGGGAACGUCGUUUGAAUAGAAUUGUCUAGUAACUUAUGCUUUACGAUUAACGUACGAUGAAACAGGAAAAUUUCAUUCGAUUUACUGUAAUUCCUAGAUCCACAGAAAUUGCUGGUGAUUUAAUUAGACGAUACGUCAACGAUCUAUUAUGUGAUCGAUAUAUUAUGUAAAUUAGAACUAUCGUAUAUUUACCGAGGCACGUCGAGAGGAAAGGUAAUUAAAAUCGAUUAAUUUCUCCUGAUUGCUCGAAUCGUUCGAAAUAUUGGCGUCACGAAUAACGUAUACGCAACAACUAUCGCGUACAUAUGUAUAAACGUUCAUUUUUUUCGUUGCUGCUCACAAAAUCGUUCUGAGAUCGUCUUAAAAAAAAACAAAAAAAAAAAUAAUAUCGAUUAAAGAUAACAUAGAGUUAGGCCAUCGACGAUGAAAAUAGAUCGUCGAUUUCUCUUCAUCAAAAAAGAAAAAAGAAGUAAAAAAAAAAAUGGUAUCGUAGUUUCCACUGAUGUUCCAUUGAAUUCGUGAAUCGGAACGACGCGUUAACGUCGUCCUGUUGUAAAUACUAUGGCGUUUCUAUAGCAAAUAAUCUUCCUUCCCUAAGGUAUUUAAAUGAAUCGGUGAUAAAGAAAAAGGCGGCCAGGUCGAUCAGCUUGCGCCAGCUAGUUCGCAUCGUUGUUCUCGAAUAGCAGGUGAUCGAAAUUUUGCGCUUCCGUGUCGCGUUCGAUUGCUCACGAUUUCGAUUUGGCGCGGGACACGUCGGAAGAGACCGCCUUCCACGCUCUGUUAAUGUUCCACGAUCGUGCAUACACAUCUGAAUCGUGUUUUCUUCGAAGAAGGGAACACUUUUUAUAAGCUGGUUGAUUUAAAAAAAAUGUUUUAUCGAAUAAUUGGUUCCUUCCUUUUUUCCAAUUUCUUUGAUAUCUCAGUCGUGAUUUUUAAUAAUUCACUGCAGCUUUAGCUUUAAUCAAAUCUUUUAUUAAAUGCCUCUUCCUUUCCUUCUGGAUAUUUUCAUUAAUAUUUCGAUCGAUCGCGCUCUUUGUGUAAUUCUUUGCACCUUUAAUUCUAUCCUUAAUAUGUUUAAACGUUUAUAUGAUUUUCCAAUGAAUAAGUUUCUUUCUGAAUAUUUGCGUUAAUAUUAAAUUAUAACAUAUAUUCGUCUCGUUUCCUCCAUAUGGUGAUAUAAUAAAAACUAGACGAAUCAAUGUUUCAUUUGAUUUUACAUUUUUUUUUUUUUUUUUUUUUGUAAUUCCCUGUCCUUUCAGUCUUUUAUCGUAAUUUUAUAGCACAACUAUUUACCGAACACUUUUUCCUUUUCCUCUGAAUAUUAAUUAUAUUUCAAUCGACUCUGCAUCUGUUUAUUUUAAUUCCAUGCACUCUUUGCUUUUCCCUCCCAUUUCAACGACGUAAUUAUUCUACUUAUUUUUACAUCAUUUUUCUUUUAUCAAGUUUCCAAAAUCUUAUAUCCAGACACGUAAAGCGACAAGCUACGUGCUCGUAAAUCGUCAGAAGAUUGUAUCAACGAUCGUCCAAUAACGCCUUACUAUGUACGAAUGCAUACUCUAUCUACUAGCGAGUUAUCGUCGUUAUAUCAGCGUUCGGAGGUAGACCCUUCGAACUCUGUAGAGCAAUGCGAAGAUCGAAAUAAAAUAAGAAACAGCGAGAUGAACGAAGAAAACGUAUACUAAGCGACUGUAGUACAGAAAUGUGUACUAUUUGUCCAGCGAUUUAAUUAGCUUAAGAUUGCGCCCUUUUUCGAUGAUGCAAUAUUAAAAUAAACGAGGUCGAGGAGAAGUCCCAUGGUGUUCGAAUGUGGCGUAAAAACGUAGGAAACAUAAAUACGUUUUAAAAAAGAGAGGCGAGGAAACACGAGACGAGAAACGAAAAAAAUACCAGAACGUUUACAACGAUGCUUCGUAUGUAUAUUAUUUCUUUGCAAUCACUGAUGUAAAUAAAUGCAACAGUUUGAAAAA